GGUCGCUGUGUGCACUUUCUCUUCUCUGUCUCAGAGAGGUGUGUGGGCUGAGCGUGAUUUGACGGAAAGAGGGGGGAAAAAAGAGACAGUGAGAGAGAGAGAGAGAGACAAAGAAAAGAAACAAGAGAAAGAAAGAGCUGCACAUCCCUCCUGGAAUUAUUUGAAGAUACUCACAUACUUUUAAGGAGGAACUAUCACUGAGUCCUUGAGAACCUGUUGUUGACUCAACAUUUGGACAUGGAAACAGACAUCACUGACCUCUGAUGACACAGUUUGAGGACUUUUGAGGAAAAUAACUAAAUCUUGCCUCUCUUCACACUUUCCUGGUGGAACUUAAACUGUGAGAGAAACAAUCAGAGUAAGAUAGCUACUCAGGAUUAUCUUUUGGAGAAGUCUGGAGGCUUUUGAAGUUGAUAUUAAUCAUUUUAUUCCACUGUGUAGAUGUAAAUAUUUCUCUGUUAAAAUACUACUUUGUGUGCUAGUGCUCAUUUUAGUGCUAACUUGUGGACUACAUUUCCAGUCUAAUUUUCUGAGGACACAGUCAGUCAUUAUCGAUUAACACCGACAGAGUGACUAUAAAGAAAAAUCACUAAAUUCCUCCUGUGUAAAUCAUCAGUAAUCAAUCCUAAAGCAUCAUUAAUUUAGUCUUGAGUCAAUACAAAAAGAAAGAAGACUGAGAGAGAGGAAGAGAUGGCACAGAAAGAAGGAGGAACAGAGCAGGGCCGUGUUAAGACCGGGGACAACCUGGGGGCCAAAGCCAUGGCUGGGGCCCCCACAGCAGGAGGCGGAGUGGUGGUGGAGGUCAGGGAGAAGAAGGGACCACUGCGGGCCGCCAUACCUACAAUGCCUUUCCCUCUGGCUGUCAUCUGUCUGUUUCUUAACACCUUUAUACCUGGACUUGGUACUUUCAUCUCAGCGUUCUCAGUGCUGUGUGGAGCUCACAGUGAUCUGAUCUCCGAGCGAGGCGUGUGCUGCGUCUUCUGGCUCAAUGUGGCAGCGGCGCUCAUCCAGAUACUGACAGCUGUUAUCAUGGUUGGAUGGAUCAUGAGCAUCUUCUGGGGAAUGGACAUGGUCAUCCUGGCAAUUUCAGAUGGUUGCAGAGAUCAGGGUGUUCCCCAGGACGUCUGAAAGGGCUGCAGAUCCACUCAGCCCAUCCAUCACAUGGACACUUUGACCUCUUUAGCUCCCUGAAGCCUGACGGAGACCUUUAACUUUGCGAUGACUUGUAACUGUCUGUCUUUCAAACACUACGGGACGAGAGUGGCCGAGACGUAAAGGAAGAAAACAAGUGAUCUGUGGAAAGGAAGAUAGAAAACCAUCAUCCUAUUGACUCUCAGUUAUGUUAAGAAUAUCGCCAUACAUUUACCUGUUAAGUUAAAGAUAAAACUGUACAGUCACAGUAAGAUAAUGAAUACAAUGAGCCUCAUAUAAGCAUCCGUACUAACAAAUGUGUCCUUAAAUGCCACAUAAGUGUGAUUUAAGGGGAUUUGAAACAAUCACAAUUUCUCGUAGUUUCUACUUUUUCCAGGUAUGAACACAAUUUACAAAUGGUCCAGAAUUUUUCAUGUGUAUUUCCAUUAGUUUUCAUCAAAGUAUUGUAUAUUUUCUUUCUUUUAAAGCAUAUUUGAGUCAAAAUUUGUUCAUAUCCUGUUUUAUGCCUAAAAAA